UUCAACUCGUUAACAGUGAGUUUGAGGAAGGCAGUGGGAGGCACCAGUCAGUCAGUCAGUCAGUCAGUGUCUGUCAGUCAAGGCAAGAUGAGCCUCAACGUGCCAGGUCUGGUGGUGAUGGUGUUCUUCUACCUGCUGGUGCUGGGCAUCGGCAUCUGGGCGUCUGUGAAGUCCAAGCGGCUGCACAAGAGGAGCCAGGCGGACCGGACAGAGGUGGCUCUGCUGGGCAACAGAGGGAUCAGCCUGGCGGUGGGAGUCUUCACCAUGACAGCUACAUUUGUUGGAGGAGGCUACAUCAUCGGUAUGACAGAGGCAGUGUACACUCCAACCAUGGGACUGACAUGGGCUGUCAUACCUGUGACAGCAGCGUCGUCUUUCAUCAUUGGUGGACUUUUCUUCGCCAAGAAGAUGAGAGACAAAAGAUAUAUGACAAUGAUGGACCCGUUCCAGACCAAGUAUGGAAAUGGUAUAAGUGGAGUUCUGUCUGUGGCACUGCUGAUCUCUGACAUCAUCUGGGUUACGGGAACUCUGAUUGGAUUAGGUGCAACAAUGAGUGUAAUCCUGGAUUUGCCCUAUACGGUUUGCAUUUGGAUCUCUGCCGCCGUAGCCAUCAUCUACACACUUCUGGGAGGCCUCUACUCGGUCGCCUACACAGACAUCAUACAGCUAACCCUCAUAUUCUUCAGUUUGUGGUUAUGUGUCCCCUUCGUCCUUGUGAACCCCCAUUCAACUGACAUCACCAAGACUGCCUUCAACUUCACCUACCAGGCCCCCUGGAUUGGUUCAGUGGAUGAGGAAAGAGCAUGGAGAUGGAUUGAUAAUUUCUUAAUACUGUCUCUGGGUAACCUUGGAUAUCAGGACUUCCACCAAAGGACCCUGUCAGCUGCUUCGUCAGCCACUGCCAGGAUCACCUGUUUUAUUGCAGCUCCCAUCGUGUUCAUACUCGGAAUCCCAUCUGCACUGAUUGGAGCAGCCGCAGCAUCAACAGACUGGAACAUGACCGGGUACGGCUCCCUGUCCCCUUAUGAGCGUGGAGAGGCUGGUCAAGUUCUGCCCAUUGCUCUGCAGUAUCUCACCCCACAAUACAUCUCCAUCAUCGGUAUCGGAGCUAUCGCUGCUGCCGUGAUGUCAUCAACAGACUCUGCUCUGUUGUCAGCCGCCUCCAUCUUCACUUCCAACAUCUACAAGAACAUGCUAAGGACCAAGGCUUCAGAUAGGGAGCUCCAGUGGGUAAUCCGUGUCACUGUGGUGGUAGUGGGCGUAGCUGGCACAGCGCUCACCAUCCUACACAACAGCAUUAUGACUUUCUGGAUCCUGGGCUCAGGCAUAACCUACACCAUCAUGUUCCCUCAACUCAUCUGUGUCCUCUACUUUGACAUCUCCAAUGGCUAUGGCUCCAUCAUGGGCUUGCUUGUUGCCGUGUUGUUGAGAGUGCUGAGCGGUGAGCCAUCAAUAGGGUUGCCUAUUGUUCUCCACUUCCCAGGUUGCACUCUCAAGGAUGGCGUAUAUGUCCAGCGCGCCCCGGUUCAGACUAUCUGCAUGUUGUCCAACAUGUUUGCCACUUUGUUGUUCUCCUACCUGGCUUCACAGCUCUUCAACAAAGGACUGAUUCCUGAGAGAUGGGACGUAUUUAAAGUGAAAACCCACAAACCACCACAGAACCUAACGCUAAUGAGCAAUGGCAUCACCAGAACAGACGAGGAGGAUAAACCUGAGAUUCAGAAUGAGUCUGAAUUAAUGUUGAACACAAAUCAGCAGGCUUGAAAGACACGAUUUAAUGGGAUGCUAACAUGUUUUGUAUGGUGCUUUAUUAUCAUAUCUCUAUUUAUAUACCAAAUACUUAAUCUUAAGUGUUCAUCACUUUUAAAAAGUGGAUGUGUUAGUGAAUUUAUAAUAACUGCUUUGGCAGUGGUGGAAAGUAACAGGUGUUUUCACACCUGCCCUGUUUGGUUCGUUUCAAUCGAACUCAAGUUCGUUUGCUCCCUAAGUGUGGUUCGUUUGGGCAGGUGUGAAUACAGCAAUCGCACUUGGGUGCACAACAAAACAAGCGGACCGAGACCGGUUACAAACGAACUUUUGCACAGUUUGUUUGCGGUCAGAAUGUGUUCUGACCUCGAUCCGAACCAACUGCAGUCACAUGACACACUGUUUGGGUUAAACAUGAGCAUGUUACAGUCCUGGAGGAUUAUUAAUGUGCACCUCCUCCUGUACUGCCUUAAUAUGCACAUUCAGCACAUCCAAUGCAUCAAAACAUUGUUUUCUAGUUGGAGCUGCGCCUCGUUUUAAAACUGUAUGGUUUGACUAAAAUGAACAAUGACAGCAAUAUAGUCCACGAUGAGCAGCGCUAAAAUCAACCUGCGUAGUUGUCCCUCCAUUGUGACAUUAGAAAGUGUCUCAUUUAUCUUGCAAAUAUACUCUUUUUCAGUGUUUUGUUUGCUUCCUGGAUUUUUCCCGCAUGGAAAUUCUGAAAAAUCAAGAGCAGCUUUCUCACACAAGGCAUUUGAUCUGGUCCACUUGUAAAUGCUGUCAUGAGAACACGAACCAACUCUAGGCAAUUAUGCAACUUUGUAAGAAAAUGAGUCACUGAUUCGGACCAAAGCAAGACAACUCAAUGUCUGAAAGCACCCUAAUUAUGUUUACUUAGGUAGUUUGAGGUGCAUUAUUAUGUAUCAUUAAUGAUUAAGAUGAGAAUUUAUUGAUCCCAAGGGGAAAUUCACAAGCAUCCCAGCAGUUACCAGUUGCAACAUUAAAGUGAUAAACACAUUAAUGCAUCAGUAAUUAUAAUAGAAAUGCAUUCCUCUAAAAUGGGUCAGUCUGCAUGACAACUUUUCCUUUUGGUAUUUGAGGGAUAUUUUGAUGGUAAUACUUUUGUACUUUUUCUGCAAUUACUUUUUUUUAUUUUACUUGUAACAGAGUAUUUCUUAAGGUGCAGUAUUGCAACUUUUACUUUCUAAGACCACUGUGCUUCAAUCUAAUUUCUUUUAUUCUGCCUGAUGUGGGUUGAAUAAAUGGAGUCCACUGAAUUUGUUUCUGGUACUGAUGAAUUUUUAUGUUGAACUAUAAAUAAAAGCCCAAAUAAGC